CCACACAGAAGUGGCAAAACCCAUCCAUCUCCCCUUCUUCAGUUUCCUCAACCUUUUGUUAAAAACUCUGAAAGAAACCCAGUAUAGUUCUUGGGUUUGCACGACAAGAACACCAACUCACAUGUCCAGUUUUCUGUCAAUUGCACCAAACUCACCCCCCUCUCUCUUCCCCAACCGAACCAGACCCACAAACCCUCUUCUACACCGAACCCACAAUGUGGGUUUAUCCAACCAGAGACGCACACUGUGCGCGUCCGGGUUCGGGCACGUACCGUUUCCAGACCCGGAUAGCGCGAAGGGCCUGAUUAAGGACCUGUUUGGUAGAGCGAAUGGGUUUCUCUAUCCGAUUGCGAAUGCCGCCGUUUCGUCGAAUUCGGAUGCUGUUACGGGCUCGAAACAGGGUGGUGAUUGGUUGUCUGGGGUUGUUAUUGACAUGGGAGGUGUUCUUAAGGUUUUGAAGGAUGGGUUAUCUGCUGUACAUGUUCCUUAUGCUUAUGGUUUUGCAAUCAUUCUCCUAGCUGUACUCGUCAAGGUUGCCACCUUUCCAUUAACAAAAAAUCAGAUUAAAUCUACAGUGGCAAUGCGAUCACUACAACCUCAAAUAAAGGUUAUUCAGCAACGGUAUGCUGGAGACCAGGAGAGGAUUCAGCUAGAAACUGAUCGGUUAUAUAAACUAGCUGGCUUUAAUCCAUUGGGAGGGUGCCUGCCGAUUCUAGCAACUGUACCCAUCUGGAUUGGAAUAUAUAGAGCCCUUGCAAACGUGGCAGAUGAGGGACUCCUGACUGAAGGCUUCUUCUGGAUACCCUCCUUGGCUGGUCCGACUGCAAUUGCCACACGACAAGGUGGCAGUGCUAUCUCAUGGCUUUUUCCUUUUGUAGAUGGUCAUCCUCUGCUUGGUUGGCCUGAUACCUUGGCAUAUCUUGUCUUGCCGGUGCUGCUGGUUCUGGCACAGUACACCAUUGUCCGAAUCAUGCAGUCAUCACAGGCUAAUGAUCCAAGCUUGAAGAGUUCUCAAUCAAUAACUAAAUUUCUGCCCUUGCUGUUCGGUUUUUUGGCUCUGUUAGUUCCUUCUGGUCUGAGCCUUUAUUGGUUCACAAAUACAGUAUUGAGCACAGCACAACAGGUAUGGCUUAAAAAUUCAUGGGUUGCAGAAAAUUCAAUGAGUAAACUUACUGAUACUAUCAUUGAAGAGGAGCCACCCCUAGUUCAGACACCCAUCUUUUUAACCAGCACCACCGAAAAGGAACCCCGAGCAGAAAUGUUGCCUCCACAGGGGCCCCGUCCUGGUGAAAGAUUUAGGAAGAUUAAGGAGCAAGAAGAAAAGAGAAGACAGCAGAGAGAGGAAGAAAAGAAUAAAGGUGAAGAGGCAGCAGUUGAUGCGACUCAACCAAAUGGGGCAUAUGGGAAAGAAACCAUUUUAGGUCAGGGGGAAAGUGGAAAUGAAGCGGAAACAAGGGUUUCUAGUCAUGGAAGCGGUGAUUCUAUGACUGGGAUUAACGAUGCAUCCAGCACUGGAAAUCAUGUUGUGAAUGGCAAUCUUUCUAUGUCGGACUCAAAGGAAGAUCAGAAGACUAUCCUUGAGAUGGAAAGCAGUGAACAGUCUUCUAAUUGCAAGGAUGGGAGAGGUGACCAAAGUCUCCAUGGGAAUCCAGAUAAGGAAGAAGCAGUUGCUGCCAUCGGUAAACCAGAUUACGAACUUUCUGGUGAAGAUAUGGCGCAGGACAGAAGUGAGUGAACGACAGAAACGGAAGCUGAGCUGGAGUAUUGGUAUCAGAUAUUCGAGUUGAAGGGAUUUGCUGGUAUAGUUACUCUCACACUAAUUAGUUAAAAGCGUAUACUAGCAACUUGAUACCGUUCCUUGCACUGGCAAAAUUAUCGAAUCAACUUUGGAGGAUCGGCAAGCGGUUCAAAUGGAGCAUUGUUUGUUUGCUUGGUCUGUUUAGAUGGAAGUUGAGGUCAGUGAAGUCUUUGGAGAGAUUUCGUGUAAAUUUACCUCUGGCAUUCCUGCAAUUGAAUAGCUAUCUUUUAUUGAAACAGAAUUUACCAACAAUAUUGUUAAAUCAAUCGGGUUUAAAUGUGGACAAAA